UUCCCAAGUCGCUUUCUGUUUCUCUGAUGAGAGACAACGAAAUUCACUAAGCAGCAACCCUAAAUUUACACUCCUGGAUAUGAGUGAUACAAUGCCUGAGAUCGUGUCUCCUUUAGUAGCUGAAAACUCUCAAGAACAAGAAGAAAGUGUGUUAAUUUCAUUGGAUAUUGAAGAAGACAAGUUGUUUCUCUUACAUUUCAUCAUAGGAACUUACUUUGGACCAGAUUUAAGAAAACAACAUCAUCGUCCAAAGCAAUCAGCUUUUCAGAUUCAAGCGUUGAAGAAUGUUGUGGUAGAUGAGUUAAGUGGCUCACUUAUGAAGAGAGCUGAGCUAGAACGUGUGUAUUAUCACAUUAUUAGAAAUGUUGAUCCGUCUCUAGUCAUGAAGCCGAAAAAGUUACGUGAAUAUUUCAAUGCGAAACGCAAUGAUUCGAACAGGGAUUACCCUCUUUUCGUGGAUCUUUUUCCGCGAAAAUUGCACCCUGAAACCCAUGUUAGGCAUAAGUUUAAGUUUAUCCGGAGCAUUGUGUUCAUUAAUGAUCCAGAUACUUCUUGUAUGAGAGAAGAAUGUGUUGCGCGGUUUAAGCGGCUUACGGGAUUGGAUAGCUUUGCUUUGAGCCUUAGUGUUGAUGUAACUAAAAGUAACGGCGUUGUUGCAGCUAAUGAGGUUAAGGUUGAGAUUGAUGAGAGCGUGGAACCUGUGAAAGAGGAUAAUGCGGGUACUUGCACUAGCGGUGAAGAAAGUGAUGUUGCUGCAAAACCUGAGGUGAAAUCUGAAGCUCAUGGUGGACUAAUGGUGGGACUGAUGGACAUUGGUGAAUGUGAUGACGCUUAUCUCUUCCGUGUAUCGCUUCCUGGUGUGAAAAGAGAUGAAAGAUAUUUUAGCUGUGAAGUAGAAGACAAUGGGAAGGUACUAGUUAGAGGAGUCACUACAACAGGCGGGAAGCGAGUUAAACGGUAUUCUCAUGUGUUUGAAAUGCAAACGCGGAGUCUCUGCCCUCCCGGUAACUUUUCUGUCUCGUUCCGCCUCCCCGGUCCUGUCCAUCCACACGAGUUUUCUGGCAACUUUGGAACAGAUGGAAUUCUUGAAGGAGUCGUAAUGAAAAACUUGCAGAAACAAACUGUGUAAACGUUUGGUAGUGAUAUAGGAAGCGUCGGUUUUUGGUUUUGGUUAUGGGUAGGGAUAAGUACGGACUAUUUAAACUCGAGCUAAGCCAUUUUGAAAACUAUGUGUAAGGACUGGUUAGUUUACAAUAUCACUGUAGCUUUGAACUUUAUAAGUAGUAAUCUAGCCUUUUGUAAGUUCAAUUCUCAGUUUAUGAAUUUGUUACAUUGAC